AUGUCCCACCUCACCUACUACAACUACGACGGCGUCGGCAAGCGCAACCAACAGACCUUCAAAUACAGCCAGGCCGUCCGCAUCGGCGACCGCAUCGAAUGUUCCGGCCAGGGCGGCUGGGACCCCCAAACCGGCGAGAUCCACCGCGAGAUCAACGCGCAGAUCGACCAGGCCUUCGCGAACGUGGACCUGAAUCUGAAGACCGCCGGCGGGAAGGGCUGGAGCCAGGUGUUCCGGGUGAAUUCGUACCACGUGCCCAUCAACAACGAGGCGCUGGACGCCAUGGUCCGGAACUUCAAGAAGUGGAUGCCCGACCACGAGCCGCUGUGGACCUGUGUUGGUGUCACGCGGCUGGGCGAGGAUGAUAUGCGCGUUGAGAUUGAGGUUGUUGCGCAUGAUCCGAAAUAG